CUACUUAGCGGCGGCAGGUUUUGCUGAGGCGGGAGAAUGGUGUUGGCAAAGGGUUUGAGGCCCGUUCAGGUGGUCUCUUUUAUAUUAUUCGUGAGAAUACUUUCUGUAUUCUUAGUGAGAACUUGGUAUGUUCCUGACGAGUACUGGCAGACCUUGGAAGUGGCCCAUAAACAAGUGUUCCACUAUGGAGAACUCACCUGGGAAUGGCAGAGGGGUAUCAGGAGCUACUUAUUCCCGAGCGUAGUUGCUGUCUUGUAUAGUAUAUUGAAGGUUACUGGCUUGGAUCACCCUGAAGCUGUGAUUCUUCUACCUAGGAUCCUACAAGCAAUACUCAGUACUGUAGCAGACUACAGUUUCUAUAAAUGGACAGGAGGUCGGAAGUGGGCUCUGUUCCUCAUUCUCACAUCUUGGUUCUGGUUCUAUACUUCAGGCAGAACACUGCUCCAGACUACAGAGACAGCUCUUGUGGCAAUCGCCUUAUCUGUUUUUCCAUUCAAGAGUGGAAAACUUGGAUAUUAUGAUAAAGAGAACACAUCAUGGAUAUGGCUAGCAGUCAUAGCUGUGUUUCUUCGGCCAACUUCUGCACCUCUAUGGGCAGUGCUCACUAUCUACAACUUACUGACAACGAACCAGUCCAAGUUGCAGUUACUGUUGAGAUCAUAUUUACCUAUUGGAUUGAUCGCUGGUAGUGCUUUAGUGGGUUUAGAUACAUACUUCUACGGAAGAGUUGUGAUCACUCCAUGGGAAUUCUUCAAGUUUAAUGUGCUUUAUGAUAUUGCAUCUUUCUAUGGAAAACAUCCAUGGCAUUGGUACUUGAGCCAGGGUCUGCCGGCCGUGCUGGGCGUCAACACAGUGCCGGUGCUGUGGGCAGCGGUCAACAUAGUUCGUCGACCCCGGGAGAACAAGACGGGGGCGCUGCUGUUGUUUGCUGCAGCUCUACACAUAGCACUAUAUAGCUUCAUCUCGCACAAGGAGUUCAGAUUCGUAUUACCGUUACUGCCCAUCCUGCUGUACCUCGCGCAGGACGCCAUCGUACCGUGGAGCAGGAAAGCUAAAAGAUGGCAGCUGUACGUGGUGGCGGCGUGCAUGGUGGUGGGCAACGCGGUGCCGGCCGCGUACUUCGGCGCCGUGCACCAGAGGGGCGCGCUGGACGUGAUGCCGCUGCUGCGGGACGCCGCCUCCACCAACCGCUCCUCCAUCGCCUUCCUCAUGCCCUGCCACUCGACGCCGCUCUAUAGCCAUAUCCACAAAAACAUCACAACCCGUUAUCUCCACUGUGAGCCUCCGUUCAACAAGCCUGGCGAAACUUACGAAUCGGAAGCCUUCUUCAACAACCCUCUCCGGUGGUGGAGGAAUGAGUACUCCAGUAGACAGACACCAACUCUGGUCGUACUCUUCGAUACCCUUAAAGGGAGAGUAGAAAAUAUUCUGAGUGGAUAUCGGUUGUUGCAUGAGAUUCCUCAUACACAGUUCCCAGAAGGAGAGGUCGGUGAGAAUGUCUUGGUGUAUCAGAAAAUAGAAAGUCAACCUAAACCGCCGGCUGACGAAGUUGUUUAACUAAAACCUCACCAGACUCAUAUCACAGUUAUACAAUCGACACAGUUAAGA